AUGCAGGUGUCUAUCGCGUGUACCGAGCAGAACCUUCGCAGCCGGAGCAGUGAGGACCGUCUGUGUGGACCCCGGCCGGGCCCCGGGGGCGGUAGUGGCGGGCCGGUCGGCGGGGGGCAUGGAAAUCCUCCGAGGGAAGGAGGGUCCGGCCCCAAGGCCCGGGCCGCACUGGUCCCCCGACCCCCAGCGCCCGCUGGGUCCCUCCGAGAGAGCACCGGCAGAGGCACUGGCAUGAAAUACAGGAACCUAGGAAAGUCUGGCCUUCGGGUCUCCUGUCUUGGCCUAGGCACCUGGGUCACGUUUGGUUCUCAAAUCUCGGACGAGACAGCAGAGGACGUGCUGACAGUGGCCUAUGAGCACGGUGUAAACCUAUUUGACACGGCUGAAGUCUACGCAGCGGGGAAGGCUGAAAGAACCCUAGGCAACAUACUCAAGAGCAAAGGAUGGAGGAGAUCAAGCUAUGUCAUCACCACCAAGAUUUUUGGGGGAGGACAGGCAGAAACCGAGCGAGGCCUGAGCCGCAAACACAUCAUCGAGGGCUUGCAAGGAUCCCUGGAGCGCCUCCAGUUGGGAUACGUGGACAUCGUCUUCGCCAAUCGCUCCGACCCCAAUAGUCCCAUGGAGGAGAUUGUGCGAGCCAUGACCUAUGUCAUUAACCAGGGCCUGGCCCUCUACUGGGGGACAUCCCGGUGGGGAGCUGCAGAAAUCAUGGAGGCCUACUCCAUGGCCAGACAGUUCAAUCUGAUUCCUCCAGUGUGUGAGCAAGCCGAGCACCAUCUGUUUCAGAGAGAGAAGGGGGAGAUGCAGCUGCCAGAGCUCUACCACAAGAUUGGUGUUGGCUCGGUCACCUGGUCCCCUCUGGCCUGUGGCCUCAUCACUAGCAAGUAUGAGGGGCGAGUCCCAGAGACCUGCAGGGCCACCAUCAAGGGCUACCAGUGGCUCAAGGACAAAGUGCAGAGUGAGGGUGGCAAGAAGCAGCCACAAGCCAAAGUCAUGGACCUUCUUCCCAUGGCUCACCAGCUGGGCUGCACUGUGGCGCAGCUUGCUAUUGCGUGGUGUCUCCGCAGCGAGGGUGUCAGCUCGGUCUUGCUGGGGGUGUCAAGUGCAGCGCAGCUGCUGGAACAUCUGGGAGCCCUGCAGGUGCUGAGCCAGCUGACGCCGCAGACGGUGAUGGAGAUAGACGGGCUUCUGGGGAACAAGCCGCCUUCCAAGAAAUAGUCCGUC